AUGGAGUUCUCGAGCUCUCGGAUCUCGCUCAUCUCGCUGGCGGUAAUCGCACUGGCGGUGACCGCACUAGCCCAAUCCCCCGCCGGAGCGCCGAAAGCCUCACGAAUUUCACCGCCCACCGCGCCGCCGACUUCUACGACCCCAAGCGCAGCUCCGGCAUUCUUUCAUCCGGCUCCACCUCCGACAAGGUCAUCAUCGUCGGCUUCAUCCCCUUCAUCCGGCGGUGCUAGUCCGGCGAGUUCACCAUCCAUUGGUGCUCCGCCCGCUGAACCGCCGAGCUCGGCUGCAUCCCUCGCUGUGAGCUGGAUCGCCCUCACCGGAAUCCUGGCCGUUGGAUUCGUGAUCUAA